AAUAUUUCGAUCCCACGAUUGAUAAUUCCAAAUGAUCUUACAAAUUUUAGUCAUGAUGUCAGUUUCCAAAAGCAAAUGCUGUUGUGAUAGGCUAGUCGAAACAAGAUGUCAGCGCCCUGUGCAAAUUUGUAAAUUUCAAUCGUUGUGUGGACCUGUCUAAGGACUAAGAUCUGUGAAAAUGGCUUUUUUUCUUGAUUCCUUUGUCAUGUUCAGUACUCAGAUAUUGUUUUUCUUGGGAGGUUGGAUUUUCUUCAUGAGAAAGCUGUUUAAAAACUAUGAGGUGCAUCAUGGGAGUGUUCAGUUGACCUUUUCUGUGACCUUUGCCCUUUCAUGUACAUUAUUUGAACUCAUCAUCUUUGAGAUUCUUGGCGUGCUGCACUCAGAUUCAAGGUUCUUCCAUUGGCGAAUAGACCUGUACGCCAUCCUAUUCAUCCUCAUCGUUGUCCUUCCUUUCUAUAUAGCAUACUUCCUAGUCAGCAAUGUUCCUUUUGUUGUUCAGCGUCACAUGACCAUUAUCUUGACGGCAGGGGCUUGGCUUAUCUUCAUCUAUUUCUUUUGGAAGCUUGGAGAUCCUUUUCCUAUUCUCAGUCCAAAACAUGGUAUUCUGUCUAUUGAACAAGUCAUAAGCCGAGUUGGAGUGAUCGGGGUGACUCUAGCGGCUAUACUAUCUGGAUUUGGAGCCGUCAACUGUCCCUAUACUUAUAUGGCCUACUUUACAAGGCCUGUAACUGAAGCAGAUGUUCACACUCAUGAAAGGAAGUUCAUGCAAGUUAUGGAUAUGAUUCUAACAAAGAAAAAAAGAUUAGCAAUGGCUGAGAGAGACCAACUACAGAGGGCGUCGACAGCUCCGAGACCUAGUGGGAUCUGGGGCAUGCUCAAGAGUGUCACUAAUACUUCCAACAAUGCCAAUGUUAGUCAGCUUCAGCAGGAAAUCAAAGGUUAUGAAGAGUUGUCACGGCAACUGUACAUCGAGCUUGUUGACCUCAACAGUACAAUGGAAAGGAUUGAAUACACGAAGACACUGAAGGGUCAAUUCUUCAAUCUCUCAGGGUAUUUCUUCUCUCUCUAUUGUCUCUGGAAGAUCACCAUCUGUACCAUCAACAUCAUCUUCGACAGGGUCGGCAAGACGGAUCCCAUCUCAAAGUUCUUUGAAAUAUGCAUCAAUUGGUUGGGAUUUGACUUUGAUGUGAAGUUCUGGUCACAACAGAUCUCAUUCAUCGUUGUUGGUAUUAUCAUCGUGACUCAAAUAAGAGGCUUACUUAUAAAACUUACAAAGUUUUUUUACACAAUGGCUAGUAGCAAAUCUUCCAACAUCAUUGUCCUCGGGCUUGCACAGAUUAUGGGUAUGUACUUUGUAUCAUCAGUUCUGUUGAUGCGUAUGAACGUGCCACCCCAGUACCGAAUGAUCAUCACAGAAGUCCUUGGCGACCUUCAAUUCAACUUCUACCAUCGCUGGUUCGACAACAUGUUCUUGAUUAGCGCCCUCUCUAGUAUUGCCUUCCUCUACCUCGCUCACAAACAAGCGCCGGAGAAGAGCGUCGGAGGAACAUGACGAUAAACAAUGAUGCCCUCACGAUAGGAGUGAUCUAGAUGAUGUGGACCUCUUCCUGGCCUAGCAUGUUUUGCCAAAGCAUUUGUUUGGGUUUAACUACUUGUAGGACCUUGUUUUUUUAUAAAGGUGGGACUUACAUGGUAAAUUGUCAUUUGGUCUACAUCCUGCAUCUACAUUCAUUUGGCCUAAUCCUCCUACAUGGUCUAUUGUUUGUUUACCACCAGUUUGUCUACUAAACAUUUGGUCUGAUUGCCAUUCGGCCUAUUAAUGUUUUUGUCCAAUUUCUGCAGAGCUUCCAAGUCUCACGCAUUAUGCGUGAGACUCAAGCAUUUUGGACUCUUGUUCAUCCCCUCAAAUCUCUGUCUCACGCAA